ACGGAAGUCCAGGUCAGGAGGAAGCCGGAAGUGAGUGCGCUGGCUGCCGUAGGCCCGGGAUGGAGCGGUGAGCGGAGGGGCCCAUGGAAGGGGCGGAGCCCGGGGAAUCCGGAGACCCUGGGGAGCUGUACACCAUGGAGAACAAUCUCAUUGUCACACGUGCCGGAGACCAAAGUCUCUUCACAGCCGUGUACCCGACCCUGACGNNNNUUCUCUCUCGCCCUCUCAUUGGUUCCUCCAGGUCAUAUGGCCGCGCUCCGAAGAUGAUCCACCUAGAGUCAAAUUUUGUCCAAUUUAAGGAGGAGCUUCUCCCCAAGGAGGGCAACAAGGCGCUGCUCACCUUUCCCUUUCUACACAUCUACUGGACUGAGUGCUGUGACACGGAGGUUUAUAAAGCCUCCACGAAGGAUGACAUCACCAAGUGGCAGAACGCUCUGCGGGCUCACAGUACCACCGACUGGCUGAUUGUGGUUGUUGAGAGCGAAGCCAAGAAGAAGAACAAAACCAACAUCCUCCCGCGGACCUCCAUCGCCGACAAGAUCCGAAGUGACUUCUGUAACAAGCAGAGUGACAGGUGUAUGGUGCUGGUGGACCCCCUGAAGGAAACCUCGCGCUCCCAGGAGUCCUGGUCUCUCUUCCUGUCCAAACUGCGCACGUUGCUGCUCACCUCCUUCACCCGGAACCUGGGACACUUCGAGGAUGAGAUGAGGACUCUGCGAGAGAAGAGGACGGAGCCGGGGUGGAGCUUCUGUGACUACUUCAUGGUGCAGGAGGAGCUGGCCUUUGUCUUUGAGAUGUUGCAGCAGUUUGAGGACGCCUUGGUCCAGUACGACGAGCUGGACGCUCUCUUCUCCCAGUAUGUGCUGAACUUUGGAGCUGGCGAUGGAGCCAAUUGGCUCAGCUCGUUCUGCCAGCCGGUCCAGAGCUGGGACGGCCUCUCGUUACGGAAGCCCAUAGACAUGGAGAAGAGGGAUCUGAUCCAGAGGCGGAGAGCCAACCUCUUGGAUUUACGCAGCUACUUGUUCUCGCGGCAGUGCACCUUACUCCUCUUCCUGCAGAGGCCCUGGGAGGUGGCCAACCGGGCCCUGGAGCUUCUCCAUAACUGCGUUCAGGAGCUGCGCCUGCUGGAGGUGUCUGUCCCGCUCGGGGCGCUGGACUGCUGGGUCUUCCUGAGUUGUCUGGAAGUUCUGCAGAGGAUAGAAGGCUGCUGUGAGCGGGCCCAGAUGGAGGCCAACAUUUCCCACACCGUGGGGCUCUGGAGCUACGCCAUGGAGAAGUUGCAGUCUCUGGGCUCGCUGUGCGGUCUGGUCUCGGAAGGAGGUCCGUGCUCGGAGGAUCUUCAGAGGACGGUGGACCUGCUGGCUGGACUGGGAGCGGAGAGGCCGGAGACCGCCAACACGGCACAGAGCCCAUACAAGAAGCUGCAGGAGGCCCUGUCCUCGGAGGAGGCCUUUGAGAAGCAUUAUCUGGAGCUCGCACACGCCACCAUCCAGAUGUACACGGGCAUCGGGAGAGCGCGCUCCGCCAAGCUGGUGGGGAAGGAUCUGGCCGAGUUUUACAUGUAA